AUGCAUACGAGUGAUGUUCCCCAGGAGGGGGAAGAGUCCGCGAAUGAUGCAGUCGCAGAAGAAGUGACAAAAAAUGGUGGCAACCAAGAUUUAACCGCGGGUGGUAGUGACGCAGGAUGGGGUAACUCGGACGGGUGUCACGUGGAGAAGCACGCUGAGGAAGCCACGGAGGAACCCACACGAGAGGCGAAGAAAGUACGCAAGAGCUUGGACAAGGCUGGUAAAGCGGCAAAGGGAAAACUCCAAAAGAAGAAGAAGGCGGAAGCCAAAGGGAAGGUGAAGAAAAAGGACAAAAAGGUAGCUGCGAAGAAGGCCAGAGCGAUGAAAAAAGGGAAAAAAGAUGAUUCGACCGGAACGGACGAUACCCUCUUAACUGACUCGGAAGACGAACUCUACAACGACGACAACCUCUUCAUGCCCAAGGCGUUAAAAAAAAAAGCCCAUAAGAAGGACAAGCAAAAAAGUAAGACGAAAGACAAAAAGCGCACGUUAGAGAGCAACCAAAUUAGCAAAAAAAAACACGAGAAGAAUGAGGAGAGUCAGAAGAAGAAAAAGAAGAAUAAGAAGAAUAAGAUGAAAAGCAAGUUCUGCACAGCCGAGUGCCUACCCCUUGACCACUACGAGCAGGCACUCGAAAAGGAGCUGGCUUCCUACGCCGCCAGCGGCUUUAAAAAGUAUUUGAAGUUUUUAAAAAAUUACAAAACUACUGUGGGGGUGGAGGAAAAGGUGGUGACCAAAAAACCUAGGCACAUGGGUAUGGAGGGUGGAGAAAAUGACCUACGGGAAUAUGUAACGGUGCCCACCAUUAAGAAGGCAUCCCCUGCGGAUUAA